AUGGCAAGUGACGAGUCACAAAUCAACCUCCACGGAUAUAAUGUGGUGACUAUUCUCAAGAGAUUGGAAGCUGCAACCUCUCGGUUGGAAGAUAUAACUGUAUUCCAAGAAGCCCGGACAGCAGAACAAGAGUCCAAUGGAGGUGCAUCAUCCAGUAGUAAUAAAUCUAUAACUGAACAACCUUCCACAGCCGAUUCUAUUAUGAAGGAUACCUCAAUUCCUGUUUCACCAUCAAUUGUGGCCGAAGAAUCAAGUUCUAGGCAAGUUAAAGCUGAACCAGAAGUGGAGUCCAAAGUAAUUGCUAAAUUCAAGGAAUUUCAAAAGGAAUUCAUUGUACCAUUUGUUGAAAGCUCAGAAGCAAUUGAUCCUGUUGUUAAACAAGCUGCUUCAACUUUUGCCGAAGCUUUUGACGAGCAAUUGAGAUUUUUGAAAACAGCUUUAAAGGCUAAGAAACCUGAACUUACAGAUCCUGAUUUUGCCAAAAUCGUUGGUCCAAUCAGUCAAAAAAUUGCUGCAGUUUCUGAAAUCAAAGAUGCAAAUCGUAGUUCUAAAUUCUUCAACCAUUUGAAUACCAUUAGUGAAGGUGCACCAGCUUUAGGUUGGAUUGUAAAUGAUACACCAGUUUCAUUUAUACCUGAAUUCAAAGAUAGUGCACAAUUCUGGUCCAAUAGAAUCUUGAAAGAAUUCAAAGAUAAAGAUCCGGAUCAAGUUGAAUGGGUUAAAAAGUUUUUACAAAUUUUUGAAGGAUUGAAAACAUACGUUAAGGAAUUCCAUACUACAGGACCUUCAUGGAAUGCUCAAGGGAAAUCUCUUAGUGACGUACUUAAAGAACUGACUAGUACAAGUACUGCGGCAUCAGUUGCUUCUGGUGGUGCCCCACCUCCUCCACCACCACCUCCACCACCAAGUAACAUUUUUGAAGAAGAUGAAGGGAAGAGUUCUGGCGAAGGAGGAGCAGGUAUGGGAGCUGUUUUCGCUGAUUUGAAUCAAGGAGUUGAUAUUACCAGAGGAUUGAAGAAGGUUGAUAAAUCUGAAAUGACCCACAAGAACCCUGAAUUGAGAGGGAAAGCUGGUCCCUUACCUCCCAAGAAACCUGCUUCGUUAUCCAAGAAGCCCUCAACCAAAAGUAAACCACUCAAUACCAAUCCACCAAGAAAGGAAUUGGUUGAUGGUAAAACAUGGUUUGUUGAGAACUAUAGUCAAUCUGAUGGACCCAUUGUUAUUGAAUUAGAAAUGAGUCAAUCUGUUUUCAUUGGUAGAAGUUCCAAUGUUACCGUACAACUUAAAGGUAAGGGUAAUUCCAUUACUGUUUCCGGAACCGAUAAGGUUGCCGUUAUAGUUGAUUCAUUAAUUUCAGGUAUUGAUGUGAUUAAGUCCAAUAAGUUUGGUAUUCAAAUCGUUGGAUCAGUACCUAUUAUCAAUGUUGAUAAAUCAGAUGAAGGAACCAUCUAUUUAUCAAAUGAUUCUAUCAAUGCUCAUAUCUACUCCAGUUCUACUACAGCAUUAAAUAUUAAUGUUCCUGUCGCUGAUGACGAUUACCUGGAACUUGCAGUUCCUGAACAGUUUAUGCAUGUUAUCAAGGACGGGAAACUUGUGAGUGAAGUUGUUGAACAUCUUGGUUAG